AUGUUCCUUAAACUCGUCGGCGCCUUGCUCUACUCCGCAUCGUUAGCGUUCUCGGCAGAGAACGAUACCGUCGCCCUGCCUCAAGACAUUGUUCUCGUCGCUCCCAACUCCACGGUACCCCUCGGCGCAAAAGCUUGCGUAGGAUGGGAAACCCCCUCGGAUUUCAAGGGCUAUGUUGGUAUAGGCACCGACUACCAGUUUUUCCUUGUAGGACCUAACAACGACGUCAUCGCUCAAAUAACGGACCUUGCCAACAUGACCGGGUCCCUGCCACGAGUGCCCCAUGAAUGCGAGUCGCCGAUCAACGUCGCGUCCACUUGCCCCAUCGUUUCUGAUCCCGGAACAUAUAUUAUAUCUCUCAACAUCACAUACAACAUGUCUUCGGACAUCUCGCAAGUGAACAGCAGCUCCUGCGGGCCCGGACCCUUCUCCACACAAACUUUCAGAUUCAACACGUCCUUCGAAGCUAGCGACACCAACGCUGGCCCGAACGUCACGAUCUCCGGCGCAAAAACCACGGUGACGUUCCCUACGGCGCCAACCGGACUGGUGAAGACUAAACUCGAUGGCUCAAGUGCCAGCAGUGCGAAGGGCGUCAUGCAGCCAGCAGCAUGCUUAUUCACCGCUAUCUGCGGGGUUUGGGGUGUCGCUGUGUUAUUCUGGUAG